CCGCAUCGUUUUCAUAGUGUUUUUCAGAACCUGACCGUGGGAUUGUUGAACAACAAGCAAACCUGGUUAGUUUAGUGCCCUACUAACUGUAUAUCGUUUGAGGCUGAAAGGCUAGAUUAGUUGAUGAAAUUAAAAUAACCGACAAGCUUGCUUGUUUCCCUUCCAAACCAAAAAUGUGAAAAUGCUUUCAACUUCUGAAAUUAUUUUAUGAUGAUAGGGAAAACCACAUACUAAUUUCUCCAGAAAGAAUGCAAAUAUUUCUUUUGUAUACAUCCCUGCUGCCUCAUUUUCAAUGUUCACAUAUGCAAAGGUGCUGGUUUGAUGGGAACGAUCAGCAACCUUUUCAUCCAUAAAAUUACGUGUAUUGCCCAUAUUAAUUAGAAUCAAAAGCUGCCUCACGCCCACCUUCCCACAUACUUUCAUGGUUUGGUAAGCUGUUACCCAUGUUAAGGCAUGUCAUGAAAAUUGGGUUUCUGUAUUUAUCACCUCUUCAUACUCAGCUUCCUCACACCGCUCUCUUCACACUCAGUGCCACCUCCCACUUCAAUGGGAAAAACCUGCGUCGUACACUUGUUGUUUGGGCUGUAAGCUACUUCACACCAGUAACAUUCCCCUUGGGCUCAUUUUUCUGCUCUUUGAGUGAUUUUCUGGCAGGGUUGGUGUUUUUGGGUUGAUUUGUUCAGGUUCGGUAUUUUGUGUGUAUGCGGGUUGGGUGUCUUUGGGAGUAAAAAGGGAGAUGGUUUGAUGGCGGUUGUUGUGUUUAUAGGCUAAGGUUGGUUUUGGGAGUUUGAACUCAACUUGUUCAAUGGCCUCAUCCAAAUUCUUUGGUUUAGUUUGAAUAGCAGCGUAUUGUAGAUCAGGUUUCUGGCCUCCUAUAAAGAACUCUUAAGUCUGAAUAAUCGGUCAAUGGUACUCUUGUCCUCGUAUCACCAAACUGCUCCAAAUAUUCAUAGAAAUCCCCAUCUUGAACUUGCUGCUUGAAUGUACCCGAUAUAUAUUUUUUAGCCCAUCUUCCAAAUCUAGCACGUAACAUAAUCUACCCGCUGAACAAAAGGAAGACCAAAUUUAUCAGCCAUGUACGAUUGGUGCCAUAUUAAACCUAGGGAAUUCAAACUUAGGGUUGGCCAUAGGGUUUAUAAUCACACCACUACACUCCCAAAUGAGCCAAGAUUCGUAGACCCAAAUCUUGGAGGUUAACUAUAUAAGGUGGUGUGUGUGGAAUAUGGGAAGAAGCACAUGUGGAACAAGUGGUUGGUUAGUGAAAAUGGUGGCCAUAGGGUUCGGUUGGGGUAGGCUCUGAGUUGCAACUCCUUUAUACUGAGCUUUAGUUGAGAAUCCAGGCUAUAGGGCUUGGUUCGGUUGCAUCAUUGAAGCCAAGGCAGGGGUAACUCCAAUGGGACUCUCAACAGGGGUACCCCGAACUGAUAUGGGAUGGUUGGUAUGUGUGGACACCUUAACAACAACAGCGUUGGUGUCUAGGUUAGUACUAGAACCUUCAAUGGGAGGUCCUUUCCCCCCCAUUUUAGUAAAAGUUUCUGCAGAUCUUCUAUGCCAGUCUUAGUUUGGCUUGUUCAAAUCGGGAUUCAAUAGAAUCAAUCCAAUUUUGAUACUGGAUUGUUGCAAUUCAGAAUAAUGAAAGGUGUUCAAGUAACACAGCACAAUAAUUUGAACAUACAGUUCAUUGUCAAUGACUAUACAUCCAUUUCUUUGCCAAGAAAAAAACAAAAAGCAGGUCAGUUGUAUCUUUAGUUCUGUACCGUACAGAAAUAAAUCAAUAGGAAAACGCCUCACUCUUUACCUUUGCCCUAUUUUAUACAGAUUCUUGGUCUGCACAACGCAUCGUUUCUCGGUCUCAAAACCAAGUUUAUCCAGCCAUGAAUACCAAUUUGCUGGAACUCAGUCCUCACAGUUUUGCUCUCAGCAUAAAGCUUGUGAAGCCUUUUGCGGUGAUUAUGUGCUGGAUACCUUUUUUUUUUGGGUGCUGAAACAAGGUUUAAAUACGAGUGAUUGAAAUUGAAUUAUACAAUAGAGUAAACUCCUCUCUCCCAUUCCUCUCUAUUUAAGGUGUAGAUGCAUUUUAAUUCAAGUCUCUUCAAAGAUCUCCAUAAAAGCCUUACCAAUUAAUCAACAAACUAUCACUAGAGAAAGAAGUCUCUGAAACAAUGAUAUGUGGAAAAACAAUUCGAGAUAGUUGGCCAACAUCUACAAAUUCCCCCAAAAAAGAACAAAGGGAAGGGAACUUAAACCUGCCAAGUGUUAAUCAGGCACACCUGCAUGCUGGCUUGAACUGGCCUCGUCCCUGCUCACACCACAGCGCCGGCCAAAAUACAAAAGCUAGAGUUCUACUUUCUAGAAAUUUUGGGACACUGCAAUCUUCAGAACCUUUUGAGUUCUUGAAGAUACAAAGAUAAUGUUGGCAGUUGGCUGUUAAAUUUGUUGAACAUAAAAUCAAUGUGGGCCUAAGCAGCACCACAAUUGAGAAAACAGAAUAAAAAAGGGGGCUAGCAAAAUUUGCUUCGAUUGAAUCAACAACCGUGAACAUUUUCAGCUGGAAAGUCAUGGCCAUCAAAAGUGGAUACUUUCUCAUGUAUUGAAUUAUCCCUGGUCCCUCCAUUUAAAUUAAAGGUAAGGAAAGAAAAAGGGAAAACCUCAAUUACGGAUUUCCAUCCAUAUUUGAUCAUGGAUUUCAUGCUUGUCUUUUAUAUAUACAACAUUGUUUUGUAGGGAUCUUAACAUUUUAUGUUAAAGAAUUCUAAUAGAAGGCCCCAAUUGAGUAAUCAAAAUUGUUUAGGAACAAAAUUGACAAAAAAAUAAAAUUAUAUGAGGAUAAAAUGAUAUUAACUUAAAAGCUGGGGAUAUUCCAAGGCUUGCCUUAGAAAACUUACAUCCUUAAUCACAGCCAAAAUGAUUUGAAUUUCUUUCAUGUCUUGAAAUUGCAAAACAAAUGUCGAAGUCCCUUAAGGAGUGUUGAUCAAAAUCUGUAGCAAUACAAGACAUCGAAAACCAAAAAGAUUAGAAGUGUUAAAGUGAAGAUUCUUAGUUACAGUUUAAAAAAUGGGAGGGUAAUGAUAUGUAAUAAAGGCAAGCUAGCUCUGCAAUCUCUCCUAAUCUGUCUUGUCCCUUAAGGCUCUCGAGAAAAUGAAUAGUGUAGGUGAGCCCUUACUGUCCACUCCACAGACAAAACUUCCACCUAAAGCACCCUUCUUCUUGGAAAAAAGAAUAUUUACCUCUGCUUAAAGACCCUUCAACCAAAUCUAACUCAAUUACAUCAUAUCUACAUAAUUAGUAUUAUGCAUAAGAAUUUGAAAAAGAAUCGAUUGCCUAUGAUAGUACUCUAUUUCUUCAAAUAUACACUUGAUAAUGAUGUAUUAUGCUACUAAUUAAUCUACUAUCAUUUGGCAUUACCCUUCAAGACAUGGUAAGUAUUGUAUUGAUUACACUAAAAACACCUCUACUUAAGUAUAUCUGUCUUGUCAGUGUAUACAAGGAUACUGAAUCAACGAGACUUGGUAUUUAGCUAAAAUAAAUUUGUUGAGAUACCAACUUAAGAAAAUAUCCAUCUACCAGAGGAGGCCCGUGUAGUCAUCUAUCAAAUACACAAGCUCAAAAAUGAGAUUUCGAUACCAUAAUUUGUGGUCAUGUUCAUUUUGAGUAAAGGUGAAAAAGAAGGUUAUGGGGAUUUUUCAAAGUUAAGUCUUCAUUCAACAAAGAUGAAAUCCUCUUUUUACCUUAAUGAUUAAAGGAGAUUAGGCAGAUUGGUCAUUCAGCUCAAUUUAGUAUUUGUUUUUGUUGUGAAGUAAGCAAGAGGUUUCACAGCUUUAAAGCCAGCUUUUGUUUCUAACCACCUACAAUAAGAGAAAGAAAGCAAUCAUACCAAAGAGAAAGAAGAGCAAAGAAACAAGAGAGACACAAGGUAAGGAAGCAGCAGCAGCAUUACAAGAAAGAAGAGAAACAAAGAGGGUAAAAAAUGACGACACAAAAACCAAUAUUGGAGCAACAACAAUCACAAAUGCAGAUCAGAAUGAUGAAGAACUCAGGUAUUAUCAGUAAUAUCAGUGAAAGCCCACUAUCAAGGGAUGAUAAGGAUGAUGAGAUGUCAAGAUCAGCAGUGGCUAUGUUUAGGGCGAAAGAAGAAGAGAUUGAGAAGAAGAAGAUGGAAGUCAGAGACAAGGUUCAUGCUCACUUAGGACGUGCGGAAGAAGCAACUAAACGAUUAGCAGAAAUUCGUGAAGAGCUUGAAGCCCUGACAGAUCCAAUGAGAAAGGAAGUUUCGAUGGUACGUAAGAGGAUUGACACAGUCAACAGGGAGCUGAAGCCUCUAGGACUGAGUUGCCAGAAGAAGGAAAGAGAAUACAAAGAAGCCCUGGAAGCCUUUAAUGAAAAGAACAAAGAAAAAGCUCAGCUGGUUUCCAAAUUAGUGGAGCUGGCGAGUGAAAGUGAGAAACUGAGGAUGAAGAAACUGGAGGAACUGAGCAAAAAUAUUGAAACUUUAAGCUGAGGUUUUGCAAAUAGCAAUAGCCAGCCAUUGUUGUGCUAAUUUGUUGAAACUAGAAUCACGUCCUUGGAAUUUGGUGUACAUCUCGUUAUUUCUAUGAUUUUUAUUUUCGAAUUUCAGUGGUUUUUUCAUGAACAUUUUCUCUCAUAGUUAUAGACGUUAUGAAUUAAGGCUCGA